AUGUACCGCGACGCGGGGGAUCGCCGUGCAGGUGCUGUGGCGGCUGCGGCGGCGGUGGCAACGCUAGGCCGAAAAGUUCCCCCCGGCGCGGCGGCGCUGAGCGAGGCGAGCGGCGCGCGGCGCGCGGGCCGGCCGCAGCCUCGCAGGGCUCCGCGGGGCGGAGUCGACGACCGACUAGCGAGCGCAGUGUGGAUUCGAGAGCUAUCGAAUGUAUCGGCCGUGUUGUACGAUGCUCUUUAUCCUGAUAGUCGGCUUUACUAUACUUCAGAAGAUAAAAUGUUUUACCAUAUGCAAGGAAACAAAGCGAUACUGUGCGGCCGAAUUAAUAACAUCCUCGACAUGGAGGUUGACAGGGCUUCCCACCCACGGCAGGUGGUGGUGGCGGCGGCGGCGGCGGCGGCAGCUAAUUCUGUUCUCAGCUCCACUAUCAUGCCCACCGGCAUCCCUAGCACACACAGGGCUUGCCAUACCCUGCGACUGCAGCGUGUUGCAUUUACUCACCCCCCUCCCAACAUCGUGCUACCGCUACCAGAGCCGCGGCCUCUGCUGCCACCAUUGCCGUCCACUGCCCGCCGUGGCCCUGCCCCCGCCGCGGCCGCGCUAAGAGCGCUUGACAUCGGUUAUUAG